GCCGGGCGGGAGGCUAUCGAUCGUCGCUCCCCACCGGGCGGGAGGGUGCCGGGGUGCAGUGAGACGGCGGGCGCUCGGCGGCGGCCGGGCUGCGGCCGACUCCUCGUCCCUGCUCCGCUCUCCCUUCUCAGCAUCUUGUACCCCGCCCGCCCCGUCCCUCUGCCUCCAUGACCCGCAGUAGGAAGCAGGCGGCGCUGGAGAGAGGAGCCGGGAAGAUGAACCAAGAGGCGGGGAGCGCCGCGGCGGCUGCGGGAAACCAGGCGGUGUCGGCGGAGACAGCCGACGGCGGAGCGGCGCCCGCUGCGUGGGGGCUGGAAGGGGGGGCGGAGAAAGUUGUGUACUCGCGUUCGCAGGUCUCCUUCGCCGGCACCAAGGCAUUGGGCGACGCCCUCAAGCUCUUCAUGCCCAAGUCUACAGAGUUCAUGAGCUCCGACUCGGAGCUCUGGAACUUCCUCUGCAGCCUCAAGCACGAGUUCUCCCCGGUCAUCCUCCGCAGCAAGGACGUCUACGGAUACUCCUCCUGCCGAGCCGUCGUCCCCGAUCCGCCUCCGCCCUCGGCGGAGCGACCCCGCCGCCGCGUCGGCAAGCGGCGCUUCCCCGCCGCGGACGCCAAGCGCCGGGCCGCGACGGCCGGUGGCAGCUCCAAGCGGCGGCGGCGGCGGCGCCGCAGGAGGGUACGGGCGAGGCAGCGGCAAGCGAGGGCACCGGCGGCCACCGACCCCUGUGGUGGUGGGGAAGAGGCGGCGUUGGCGUUGUGCCGGCCGUACGAGGAGGCGGACAGCGAACGGGACAGCCAGGCGGGGGGCACCGCUUGGGAGCCCUUCGGCGGCAAGUCGCUGGAGGAGAUCUGGAAGGCUGCCACCCCCAGCCUCACCACCUUCCCCUCCAUCCGGGUGCGGGGCAGCGUCUGGAGCCGCCGGAGCCUGGCGGCGGCUCAGCGCCGAGCGCAGCGGAUCCUCGGCGUGGACCUGUCUCCCGUGGUGCGGGUGCGCCGCUUCCCCGUGGCGCCGUCCUGAGACCGCGAGUGGGUUGGGGUGGGGGGAUUGACCGGCUCCUCACCUUCCCUGCGGUGCGGAUAAAGAGACCGAUAUCAGUCACCUGUUUACAUUGCUUUUGUCUGGAUCGUGUUCCGCUGCUGCACUUUAUGGCCCGCUCUGGCGGGGGCCGGACCCCCAGCCGCACGGGGGGCGGCUUGCCGGGCCGCGCAGCCAGGGCCUCGGCCCGUCCCCGCCGGGGCGCAGGGAGAUGCGAGGGACCCUUCGGCAGGUAUCACGCGUGGGGACCAAGUUCCACUUUUUUUCUCUCCCAUUGGGCUACCUCACUGGUCCAGAAGUCCACCCAAGAAGUUAUUUUCCAAAGGAACUUACUUUCAUGCUUGUAUAAUAAAGCACCAUCUGAUUCUUGGUAAUUUUCCCGUACCCUUCCCGUUCUCCCUUUUCCGAUGGGUUAUGUAUGCUUUGUGGUGUUGCACUAGUAUGUGCUCAGGGUAUUUUGAAUCCCAAGCAUUCCCAACUUUAGGUUUACUCUGGUCAAGGGUGCAUAAGGAGUGGAGGUUCAGGACUUGUGGCUAUUCUUGAUGGUGCAAAAAACUUUAAUUUCAUGGGCUUAGUGAUAUAUCAAGUUGUAUUGCGCAGUAUAAUUGUUACACUUUUGUAUCUAAAGUCAUUUUUAAAGUUUUCUAGUUGAACCAAGUAUUUGUUUUUAUUGAGCACCUAAGGACAGAAUCAUUCUGAUAGUUUAUAACCCUGUUUGGGGAAGCUCAUCUGGUCAGCCUAAGUGAACUUAAUAAAAGUCAAAUAACAGUGGCGUUUCAGUUCAAUGAAACUGGAUAGGGACAGGUUCCUCGGUGAAGUACACAGUCUAGGCGCUUGAUGUAAGCGUACUUAGAGUUUGUGAAGAAUGUUUCUACUUAUCAGAGUGAUGUAUAGGUGUCUGAAGGUCAGCUAUGAUACGAUGUUGGUGCUCAUAGCCAGAAGUGGGUAGCUUGCAUGACACAAAUAUCACACUGAAGUGCCUCUCUCUGCAGAAAGAGCAAGACUUGAUACCUGAUCUCUUCAUCGCAAAAUAGUGCUGGUUGUUAUCCCAUGACUGUGAGAUGAUUAAUGAUGGGUAAUCAUAUUUAACAUAAUUACUUGCAUGCAAUUAUUUUUAUAAACCUUUCCUUGGUUUCACAGACACUGAUGCAAAACUCAUGAUGUAGCUUGAUUAUUUUGACAGAAAAAUACCAUGUUGUCAUUCUACAUGAUAAGCAGUCUCCCUUUAAACUGAUUUAUUAAAGGCUUUCUUUAGGUCUUGUGCCUUGCAGUUGGUGCGUGAGAAGCAAAAAUGUGUGUGAGGGAGAAUGUGAUUUAUUUUCUGUUCCUUAAGAAAUAGUAGGUGAUAGACUGUUUAUGUACUUGGUAUCCUGGUAGUUGAGGCUGACUAACCAGCUUCUGUGGUAGAACAAAUGACUUCACAACUUGCUUAUAGAAUGGUUUGGUGACUUAAAAUUUCUGAUGUCUCUUGAUUGCUUGCAUGCUGUUGACAGAGGCAAUAAGAUAGUUUGAUGUGUGGAGGCUGCUUGUAAAAGCUUGGUAGUGCUAACCUAGACCAGCCACCUUCCUCUAAAACCUGUUAAUAGUUUUUAGUUCUUGUUUAGCAAAGCUGCAAAGUUCUUAUUCUUCCAAAAUAAAACUUAAUCUAUUCUAUAUCCAUCAGGCUUUUGAAACUGUUUACAUAACGUUAGGCUGCCUGCUGAUUGCUGCAGUAGUGCCACGUCACAUUUCAGAAGUGAAUUAAGAAAUGGAAGUUCAAGGGUGUGUAUUAUCAUGCUGUUUCUCUGGCUAGCUAUAAUACCUGCUUAAAUGUGAAGGUGAAAUUGUGUUGAUGUAAAACCCAGUAAGAUAAGCUGCAGCGUGACCAAAUGCCAGGGCUCCAAGUAUUUCAGUUCUCACCUUCCACAUUGCAUUCAAAAAUGCAUGUUAAGAGUAUUGUUAUUAAUUCUUGAAGAGUCUUGUUGAUUUCAGUGCCCCUACUGUUGGGUUAUUUUUAUAGUAUUCUUUUGAAAGACCUGCCUGGAAAGAUGGUAAAAUAUAGGCAGUUGUCUUGUGCAGGUUCUUCAGUUAGCUCAUAAACAGGCACAGGAUGGGCUAGGUCAGAUUUCAAGGGCAGAGUUAGGGCUGCCAGAGGUAUGACAUGGGAGACACUGUAUUAAAUUUGUGCUGCCUUCUUUGGAACCUUAUCCCCAACUGUUCUCUGUGGGUACAAAAUACAGUGAAGUAACUUUAUUGAGUGACUUCUUGUGUGGGCUGUAUGUGUAAGGCUUGCUUAUUUUUCUCCUGGUUGUGCUUUCACUUCUUGGUUUUGAAGUGCAGCUUUACUGGGGGGUAUGGUAUGGUUUGCUGAUACCCUGUUAGCAAGUUGGAUUGAAGUUUCACUGUAGUCUAAACUUCUCUGACAGCUGCAUUUACAGGUUCUUAGCUAUUUCAAUCUGAAGUCAGUUAAGAGGGGGAAAUCUUUAGUCAGGUUUUCUGGCAAAUUAAUGUGUUGAAAUAGGUCAGCAAAGGAUCUGAGAACAGUGUGGCAUGUGGAAGCUAACUGUUUACAGGGAAGCCAAGAGAGCUAAUUUCAUUAUUGUUUUCAUGGCAGUUUGUGGCAAUCCAGGACAGGAUUAUUUUCCUUUCAAACCUCUGCUCAUCUGAGGAAGCUAAAUAAUCAGAAAACUAGUCGAUUUUAGAUUUGGACAGGUUAAUACUUACUGGCUUUUGUUUGACUUUUUAGCUGUAGACCAGAGCCGAGGAAGUUUGGAAAGAGGCACACAAAAUUGCUGCAGCAUUGAGUUAGAUAGUUUUAAGCAUGGAAGCCUUAGGGUUUAUUCUGUGUAGAGGGCUAAUAAUGUUAUUGUGCUUUACCUAUAUAUAUGCUGUUGGAGAAGGUGUAGUGGCUUAGAUGGACUUCUGGUCUGACUCCCUGUGGUUGUUCCUAUGCACACACUGAGUGGUGUGAGAAGUGUGAUUUGCCUGAUUUAACUUGGUGGUUUCAACAUCCUGUCAUAUGGGGCUCUUUCUGAGACUGACAGAAUGCAGGCCCAGAAUAAAUCCAGUGUACAAUGCCCAGUCUAGUUCAGUCAGCAAGGGUGGUUUCAUAUUAAACAGGAAUCUUGUGGUAAAUUCUCUUGCCAGACUUCUCUUGCAGUAGCUGGUUCCUUCACUUAUGAGCUCACAUCAUACAAUGGCUUUGUGUACUGGAAGUUGUACUACUUCCUUUACCAAAUCUGAAUUUUCAUCCAGUCACUCAAAGGUUACUGACCUUCAAAAUGCUACCAUGUCAAAAAGAGUUAUCUGAUGGCCCCAGAUGCCAGGGCAGAAGCUUAGACCAUUGUAUCUAGUGUGUUGCCUCGUGUAGGUUUUAUGUUCAAGAGUCAGUGCCUUCCUGUUUAGGACUGAAGCUCAUAAGAGGAGAAAGCAGUGCCUUGCAAAAAAAUUUCAUGUAUUCUAGCAUUGCAUUGAAGUUUCCACAACGAAAGGACCAAAGAUUACAACUGGUCCUUGAAACCAUCUAUUGCUAAGCUGCAAAAACCAAACUUUGUAUAUGCCCAAACCUCAUGUGGAGCAUGUUGUGUAUGUUUGGCAAAGGCAAGACUUGUGGUACUUGGAUUUUGCUCUGAAUGGAUAGGGGAUGUUGUGUGUAUCUGCAUUUCCUUGCCUAUCCAAAGCAAAGGGCAGAGUGAAUCGUGUUUACAGAUUGCAGCUAUGAUCCCAAAUAAUUUUACACUUACUUCAACAAGGCAGGGUCUUGGCCUUCUCAUGCGAUUUAAAACAGUCUAUCAGUGCUGAAAUUUGAGUCCAAGGUUCAUAUGCAUGUGAAACCAGUAGUACUGAAAGCAUCUCCUCUUUCCUUUUGGCCCAGUGGAUUGAAACAGAAUAAUUCAGAUUUGUAUGAAAGAUUUGAAAACACUGAUUUUGGGUUGAACAGAAUGUUUUCUUUGACUUGAGAUGCUCUGAUUUUGCUUGUAUCCACAAAUAUAGGAGAUCUGGAUGCAAAGGGCUAAAUUCACAGAGAAAGUUGCUUCACAGGGAUUCAUAUCAAAUGAGAUAAUAGGUAAGAAAUCCUGGACUUUUAGAGACCCAAAUUCCAGUUCCCCCUCUUGGAGAAGGAACUUUGAAAUUCUGAAUCUUGAGGACUGUGUUAUAACAGCUUGAAACAUUUCACUCUGUACAGUAAUAUUCACCAGCUAAGAGAAAAUUCCUGGCUAUUGCAUUUUUUAGGAAACACCUUACUUCUUCAUCCGCUGUUUAUUUUCUGUGAGCAUAACUGCCUUGGCUGAGGAAAGACUGAGGCAGACUUACUCCAGAGUGUUCUGUGGUAUGGACUUUGCUUGGCAGGGACUCCAAAUGUGUACUGCUCGUGAUGAUUUGCUACCAAACUAUCAUGAGGCAUCCAAUAAUUAUGUUAGGCCAAUGAAGGAGAAUUUUGGAACACUUCUUCUUGUUAAUCAAGGCAAAGGCAUUUUUCCAUAUUGUAAGAAUAAAGCAUAUUUCCUUAA